AUGGGGGCCCCCAACGGCAGCAGCAGCAACAGCAGCAGCAGCAGAACAGCAGAACUGUCUAUCUCUAAUUGUACCCUAAGGAAACCCUUGGGCCUUCCUGUCUCAACCUUUACUCUCUCUGAGCGAACCUCUCUCAUUGAGGGGCCCCCUGGGGGCCCCCCCCCUUCUCUUGGGGGCCCCCCUGGGGGCCCCCCCUCUAUUGGGGGCCCCCUUGGGGGCCCCUCUUCUUUGGGGGCCCCCCCGGGGGGCCCCUCUUCUUUGGGGGCCCCCCCUGGGGGCCCCCUCUCUUCUAUUGGGGGGCCCCCUGGGGGCCCCUCUUCUUCUAUUGGGGGGCCCCCUGGGGGCCCCUGUAUAGGGAGGAGACAGACGAGCAUAUGCUGGUUGCUGCAGCUGCCUUUGGGUGGUGCUGCAGCAGCAGGAGGAGACAGAAAGGAGACAAAAGCAGCAAUAGAUAUACAAGCAAAGAGACAAAUACCUCUUCUGUCUCCUUCUCUAUCUAGGGGGCCCCCCCCCUCUACCUAUACCUUGGGGGCCCCCACUGCAGCAGCUGCAGCAGCAGGGGGCCCCCCUUCUCUCUCUGCUGCAGAAACAGCAGCAAACAUCCACCAGCAGCAACAGCAGCAGCAGCAGCUGCAUCAGCAGCAGCAGCAGCAGCAGCAGCUGCAGCAGCAGCAGGGGCAUGAUAUAGGUAAAGCAACUGUCUCCUUUGCUGCAGUAAGGAGACAGCAGCCAGACCCUCGCUUCUUAGGCACUCCAUUUGAGGUGUCUGUACACCUCAGCACGGGGCUGGGUGUAUCCGUCCCCCUAACUGCUGCUGCUGUUGCUGCUGCAGCAGCAACAGCAGCAGCAGGCGUCCGUGAGGCCAUAGCGGGGCCCCUAGGGGCCCCUGCUGCAGCAUCACCAGCAGCAGCAGCAGCAGCAGCAGCAGCACCAGAAGCAGCAGCAGCAGCAGCAGCAAAUGCACCUUCAAGGGCUCGGUGUAUGAGACAGCGGCUGGGGGUUGCUUGUCGUGCUGCAGCAGCAGCAGCAGCAGCAGCAGCAGCAACAGCAGCAGCAACAGCAACAGAGACGCUCCUUGAUCGGCUACCCUUCGUCGGUGCUGCACUGCAGCAGCUGCAGCAGCAGCAGCAGCAGCAGCAGCAGCAGCAGCAGCAGCAGCAGCAGGAUGCAGCUCAGUUGUUUGUAAGAAUAGACGCCAAGGGGGCCCUCAGCGUAACCCCAUAUAAAUUUAUAAAACCAAACCCCGCAGCAGCUGCUGCUGCUGCUGCUGCUCCUGCUGCUGCUGCUGCUCCUGCUGCAGCAGCAGCAGCAGCUGCUGCUGCUGCUGCUCCGAAGCGUAGCCUGUUCAGGUGUCUCCGCAGCUUCAUUGAUUUUAAGGGAGUCUGCAUGCAGUCUGCAUGGGCAGCACAUCUCUUCUUGGGGGCCCCCCUGGGGGCCCCCCUGCUGCAGCUGCAGCAGCAGCAGCAGCUGCUGCUGAACAAGUACAAAGAAGGAGGGGUUGCUGCAGCAGCAGCAGCAGCAGCUGCUGCUGCUGCUGCUGCUGCUCAGGGGCCCCCUGGUGAGGUCCCUACCCUUGAAGCCGACGGGAUGCCGAGGGGCCUUGAGAGGUUUGCUGCUGCUCCUGCUGCUGCUGCUGCUGCUGCUGCUGCUGCUCCUGCUGCAGCAGCAGCUGCAGAAGCAGCAGCAGCAGCAGCAGCAACUGCAGCAGCACUAAAGCAACCCCAUCCCCUCAUCAUUUCUUCUAGGCAUUCAAUUUCUCUCCCUUUCGUUGUCAGGAAGACAGCUGAUGCUGCAGCAGCAGCAGCAGAUGUAACGGAUGCAGCAGCAGCAGCAGCAGCAGCAGCAGCAGAAACAGAUUCUGUGUCUCCUGACGCAGCAACCGCAGCAGCAGCAGCACCACCACCACCGCCACCAUCACCAUCAGCAGCAGCAGCAGCAGCAGCAGCAGCAGCAGCAGCAGCAGCAGCACGAUGGGAAGCAACAGCAGGAUUCGCGCUGCAGCUGCGGCCGCUCAUUUUGGGGCUUUCCUUUAAUUUAAAAAGAUAUAAAGAAGGCGGCAAAUUCUUCAUCAGGCUCAACACAAAUAAAUAA